GUCCUCACUCAAGAGAGGGCGAGUCCUUUGCUUGGUCCUCUUAUCCACAGGAUAUGUUCGGACGCUCCAUCGCUGACAUCAGGACAAAACCCUAGUGACCCAGUACUAGUCCAGCUUGAACGUUGAACCCUAGUCCGGUCCACGCGCUAGCAGGCGUCUACUCGCCAGGUGCUUUCUGCGCUGCCUCCUCUCCAAUCCCAUUAAACGCUCGUUUGCCACGGGGCGUCUUGCUGUAGACCACCAUGGCCGAUUCUCCCGCUACUCCUCCCCCUGACCUCCAGUACAUGCGCCGCACCCAGUCCCUCGGCGAUCUCCCCUCUCAGACCGUGCAACACCCAAGUCGCGCCCGCGUGUCAGGCUCGCACCGCCCCUCGGAGCAGCUCAGCAGGGUUUCGGGGCCUCAUUCGACCGGCGUACAUACGCUCUCGGAAGGAAGCCACGCGGAUUGGUCGACAGCCGAGUCCCCUCAAGCAAUAAAUGGUUUGGAAAAUGGGCAUGGAGAAAGUGCAGCUGCGUCGAUAUCUAGUCAGCAGCCAUGGCGCUCCAGGCUGAAGACGUUCUUUGGGUAUGGUCCACAUGCCACCAAGACGCGCAAAGCGCUUGUGUCAUUGUGUGGCAAUCUCGCCUAUGGUAUACUGCAAGUCAUUGGCAUCAUUGUCGUGCUGAGCGUGGCUUCUGUCGUCAAAAGCCCAAAAUCUGAUCGAUACCAAAUAAGCACCUGCGACCGACCACUUGUGGCUUGGAAUUGCAUCUGGAUAGCAAGGGUGUGCCUAUCGUGUGUUCUUUCGUAUUGGAAUUACCUGCGGAUGCGUGCUUCGGAUGGCCCAUCAGUCGAUAUCGAGUCCCCUCGCCCCCCUGACGAGCCUAUCAGCACGAGCGCUCGCCGACAAGCGUCCAGACGAUCAAACUCUAGUCCUGGCACAUCUGCACCUGCACCUUCCCGUCGCUCGGAAGCUGGAAACCAGUCAGCUCCAAAUCUCCCUCAUUCUCAGCUUUACGCGCGCCUCUCCUUGCUCUCCUCCAUGCUCACUCUAACAUGGUUUCUCACCGCUCACAUUCUGGAGUACACAUCAAUCGAGUCCUGCCGAUUGUCUUCUCCCCUGGUUUGGUGGCUCACAUUCGGCGUCCUUUGUACAAUGUAUAUCGUAGUCAUGGAGGUUAUCUUGUUCGGUCUCCUGGUGUUCAUGAUUCUUCCCUUCAUUAUGUUAUUCUACAGCAUCGUCCUACUCUGCUUGGGGCGACACCCCUUGCAAAAUCCGCACUACAUAAAGCCCGAAAUUGGGAAGCUGCCCAAGGCGCUCGUCGACCGCAUCCCACUCGUAAUCUACAUCCCCACACCACCUGACGACAGCGCGUACUCGCACACGCUAGCUCUGCCGAAACCGGCGCAUUCGUACCCGCCAAAACCACAAGGAAAGGCACUGCCUAGGAGACGUUUUGCAUUUUUGCGGAGGGCAACGAAAAAGGACAAGGCUGGCAACCCCCUCGUCGGCGACGGGAAGAAGGCGCCAAAGGACAAGGAGUCAAAGGGCGCGAGCGAGGAGGAGACAUGGGAGGACUUGUGGGAGGCGGCCGAGUACCCGUUCGUCCGGCUCGAAGGGAACCGCGCGGUCUGUGCGAUUUGCCUGAUGGACUUCGAAGAGCCGAAGCGGGUAGGAAAAGCGGACAAGGAGGCCGAGGCUGGAGCCGAAACGGGAGCUGAGGGAGAGGGCACGCUCGUACCCGCCGGUCAGGAGCCUACUACGGAGGGCGAGGUGCAUAUUCCCGUGGAGCGGAUUACUGAGGAGGAAAGGGAUGUGCCGCGGCUGGAGGAUGCUGGAGAGGGACCGCAGCCGUUGCGGUUGCUUGCGUGUGGACAUGUUUUCCACAAAACUUGCAUCGAUCCGUGGCUGACCGAUGUGUCGGGGCGCUGCCCGGUCUGCCAGCGUCCGGUCGAGAUCGAGGAGGACGAGAAGAAGUCGAAGCGGCGGCGGCGGCCUCGUCCGCCCCCCGAGGCUGAGGAGCCCUGAUUGGCCGAGUCCUCGUGGGCUCGGAGUGCUGCAUGGGACGAUGUUUUGUGAAUUUUCUGUUUUCGACUCUCGUGUCUGCUAUGAUGAUGAUGAUGACGUUUGCAAAUUCAAUGUGUAACAUAGUGCAUUCUAAGAUUCGGAACAAUAUUUGACGAUAUGUGGUUCGGG